UUGAAUAUCAUGAAAUCAGGACCAAGAAUGGAAGCACUCAUCAAUGACCACCAAGGCCAAGACCUGGAUAUCCUUCUGAUCCAGGAGCCAUCGAUCACAACCUACCGCACACAUGUCAACCACAGCGCCUGGCGACUAUAUCGACCCACCACACAGACCGACGCAGUUCGGUUUCGCAGCCUCAUCUACGUGAACAGACGGAUCUCCACCUCCUCACACCGUCAAAUUCCCUGCAACCACCCAGAUGUCGUAGCCAUCAAGAUCUGGACGACCUUCUCAAACUCUUUUCUUUUCUGUCUACAUACCUCCAGUACCGCUCUUUACGGUCGAUGAC